GCGGGUUAGAAACUUAUUCUAAAAAGCAGGUGAAAGGGUCCAGGCGCCGUCCCGCCUGCCGGUGGCCAUGUGUGCUUGCCGUGGCAGCAAAUCGGGCGCUCCAGGGCAGUUCCGACAUCGCCACUAGGGGCCACUAUAAGGCCCGUGCUACCCGUGUAGUCGCUUUUCUACCCCACAAUCGACGGCCAAAAAUUUGAGAUUCAACGACUCAUACCACUCCGAUUGUUCGUUCCCGCCAAGGACAGGGUUUCUUUCUUUCAAAACCACCACGUCCGCCUCCAACAAGACCCAUUGACUCCUCGGCUCGUCAAGAGGAACUUUGGAAUCUUUCUACAUUGCUGUUUAAUAGCCAGUUCUCGCUGUUACAGCUAAAACUUUCCUAUUUCCACUCCUGUAACCUUCAGGUCCCUCUCACCUAGGUGUGCUCUCCUAGUUUACACCUCGCCACCUCCCGCUCUCCGCCGUCCGCUCUCCUUCCGGUCUCUUCGCAGUCACCUUUCGUGAUGAUCCGUCAAACCAGCCGCGCCCUCAAGGCGCUGGCCACUACUCGGCCUAGCCAACAGCGAAUUGCUUCCCUCACACAAAAGGCUUCUGCCAUCACAGGUGUCCGUAAUGGGCCAUCAGACGUUAGGAAUCAGUCCACAUCGGCUGCCGCGAAGGUGCCCGCUGCCGACGUACGAGCAAAGCCCGCCCAAUCAUUCAACGCCGAGCCCAACCACGUUCAACCCCUGGCUAACGCCCGUAAGAACGAUGUCGACGAGUCGUUUAUCGGCAAGACUGGUGGUGAGAUCUUCCAUGAGAUGAUGCUUAGACACGGCGUUAAGCACAUUUUCGGCUAUCCUGGCGGUGCUAUUCUUCCCGUGUUCGAUGCCAUCUACAACUCACCACAUUUCGAUUUCGUCCUUCCCAGACACGAGCAGGGCGCUGGCCACAUGGCCCAGGGUUACGCCCGCGCUUCUGGCAAGCCCGGUGUCGUCUUGGUGACUUCCGGUCCUGGUGCCACCAACGUUGUGACACCAAUGGCUGAUGCGCUUGCGGACGGUACUCCCAUGAUCGUUUUCACCGGCCAGGUCGUUACCACAGCCAUUGGUAGCGAUGCGUUCCAAGAAGCCGACGUUGUGGGCAUCUCCCGCGCCUGCACCAAGUGGAACGUCAUGGUGAAGAAUGUCGCUGAGCUGCCUCAAAGAAUCAACGAGGCCUUCGAGAUUGCCACCAGCGGAAGACCUGGUCCCGUUCUCGUGGAUCUUCCCAAGGACGUGACGGCUGGUAUCCUGCGUCGUGCUAUUCCCACGGCCCCCGCCAUUCCGUCGCUCCCCAGCGCUGCCUCCCGCGCCGCUCUCGAGGCUAGCGAGAAGCAGCUCCGUGCUUCUAUCAAGCGUGUGGCUCACUUGGUCAACAUCGCCAAGAAGCCCGUCAUCUAUGCUGGCCAAGGUGUCAUUAGCUCGGAGCGUGGUGUUGAGCUGCUCAGAGAGCUUGCGAACAAGGCGUCCAUCCCCGUGACGACGACCCUUCACGGUCUCGGUGCCUUCGACGAGCUUGAUGAGAAGUCCCUCCACAUGCUCGGGAUGCACGGCUCAGCCUAUGCCAACAUGUCCAUGCAGGAGGCUGAUCUCAUCAUUGCUCUCGGUGGCCGCUUCGAUGACCGUGUUACCGGUAGUGUUGCCAAGUUUGCCCCAGCGGCUAAGGCUGCGGCGAAGGAGAACCGCGGAGGUAUCAUUCACUUCGAGAUCCUCCCCAAGAACAUCAACAAGGUCGUGCAGGCCACUGAGGCUAUCGAGGGUGAUCUUGGCAAGAACCUCGACUUGCUCCUGCCCCAGGUGGAGAGCAAGACCAUGGCUGACAGAAAGGAGUGGUUCGCUCAGAUUAACGAAUGGAAGAAGAAGUGGCCUCUUUCUGACUACGAGCGUGCUGCCCGCGAGGGCUUGAUCAAGCCUCAGACACUGAUUGAGGAGCUCAGCAACCUCACAGCUGACCGCAAGGAAAACACCUACAUCACCACUGGUGUCGGCCAGCAUCAGAUGUGGGCUGCUCAGCACUUCCGCUGGAGACAUCCCCGCACCAUGAUCACCUCUGGUGGUCUCGGUACCAUGGGCUACGGUCUACCGGCCGCCAUCGGUGCCAAGGUGGCCAAGCCAGAUUCCCUUGUCAUCGACAUCGACGGUGAUGCUUCCUUUGGCAUGACCCUUACCGAGCUCUCCACCGCUGCUCAGUUCAACAUUGGCGUCAAGAUCAUCGUUCUGAACAACGAAGAGCAGGGCAUGGUUACACAAUGGCAGAACCUCUUCUACGAGGAUCGCUACUCCCACACUCACCAGAAGAACCCCGACUUCAUGAAGCUCGCCGACGCCAUGGGCAUCCAGCACAGGCGUCUCAUCAAGCCUGAUGAGACCCGGGAAGCUCUCCAGUGGCUGAUUGACACUGAUGGCCCAGCCCUUCUGGAGGUUGUCACUGACAAGAAGGUUCCCGUUCUCCCCAUGGUUCCCGGUGGGUCAGCUCUUCACGAGUUCAUCACAUACGACGGUGUCAAGGAUCUCGCGAGAAGAGAACUCAUGCGCCAGCGCACUUGCGGUCUCCACGGUUAAGCAAUUAGUACCCUAAUACACCUUGACUGGGACGUUGUUUUGGGCGUGAGACUUUAGCAUUGGGCGUGUUGUUCAAAUUUUUGUUCUUAAGAGUUUCGAUUGUGAUAUCCGGAAGGGAGCGAAAAGUGUUUGCUUUUGAUACAUUGUGCAUUACCGGGUCGGUGAAAAAUGGCGGUUGGAGGUCCGCGGCCGGAUCUGAUGUUCAAAAAGGAGAGACUGGGAGCGAGCUGGAGGGCGUCGCCGUUUUUCUUUCCCCACCAAUUUUGGCGGGCUGUACAUACAUACAUACCUAUUGGACGAGGGGGAUACUAUGGCUAUUGAGCAUUUCAUGACAUUCAUAACACGAUCAAGUUUUUUGUUUCUGCUUUACCUUGCUUCUCAAUAUGUUGUUCCAAG